GGAUGCUACGAUUUUGUUCUGCACCAUUGGGCGAGGGGCGAGAUAAUAAGUGCAUUAUCAGGGGCGGUCGAAUCUCCUGACAGUCUCAUGCUUCUUUUCCUGCCCUCCUGGUCUUCCCAGACCAAACCAUAUCACCUCGAAGACGACCGAUUCUCUCGUCAAGAAACUCGGAAGGCUCGCAAGACUGUCACUUCAUGGGCAGUUGUAUGCGGUCUUGUCAGUCUCCACAGGGCAAGCCUGGAUGGCAGACCUGACAGUUUUCUUUCCACGCGAGAUCGAUUGUGGAGCAUGUGGAUGGAUUCCUUCGCGACGUGUUCUUCUCCCCCAAUCGUUCAUUUCUCAAUCUUGCUCGCCUUCCUGCGCAUGGCAGAUCUUCCCGAAGAUGGACCAUUCGUUUCGCGAGCUCUCCAAUGGCUGUUCACGGACCAGCAAGUUCUGCGACUCCCAGAAGAUCCUGAAGAGUCCUCUGCUUGGCAGGCGGAGCUGGCUGUUUAUGCAUUGAAAGCUGCACUUGCCACAGAUUGGCCUGCUCGCUUUCCCAUUGAAGUGGUCAUGGGGGAGGUUCAGAAAUUAUUCCGAGACAACGCCGUACCAGCAACCCUAAUUGUAAAUCAGUUGGCCUACACACUUUCUGGGAAUGUUCCAGGUAUGCGUGUGGUGCUUCAGUAUGCUAGGGCAAUGAAGGUCGAGCUCUGGCCAGCGACGAUCAUGCACAUUUUUUACAGCGCCCUCGGUGAAGGACAUCUUGACAUCGCACACCGAGCACUGGACCCAGGAUGGCUCGAGGACGGCCAUCUUCGUGCAGUACAUAUACGAAACUGGGUUAAUGGCGUUACAAGAGACCCGAACGCUCGUCUUGAACAUCGCCAUAGAGCCAUUUUUGGCUGGGUUCUGGUGCACGCCCUUCGAGACGACAUCGUGUUCUCCCCUCGGACAUGGCGAACGGCUCUGAACAUACUCCUUCGAUCUGGUCAGCAGUACAUUCCGGUAACUUUGGCUGAGCGCUUAGAGAAGCGUCUCAACGACGGGCGGCUUGAGGGAACAUUACGUUCUUACCUGCCAAGUCGACUUUUUCGUGACAUUCCUAUCAGCCGUUCCAAAGAUCUUAUUAGACGUACGAAGCGACUUGUCAAGAUGCUUCCCGUCCAAUGGCCUAUCCCACAUGAUGGACCACCUGCCGGCCCCCUCGUAUUCGCAACGGAGCUUCGGAAGCCGAUACACGAGAUAAGGUGGCAACCGAAUCGACCGCUGGUUCGAAAUCUGGUCCUCACCAGAGCCUUGCGCGCAGCGACCCGAAGGCGCUCCGAUUUCAAUACCGCUAAAUGGGCUCGGUAUAUGCUGCACAAGGUAUCAUGGCGCCGAGCCGCCGUGGACCCUGUCACAGCCAAUCUGCUUCUUCAGUCUGUCCUGCAAUGGAAUCGAGCAUAUCCUCCUCAAACAAUCAAGGUGUUAUUCGAUCGCUUAUUUGUCUUGGGUUAUCCUGGUUCCGAGGCUCAUCCUACGGGCUUAUUCGAUACCGUCAAAGCGAGCAGCCCCUCGACGCCAGCGAUGCGAGAGCUAAUUCAUCCCGAGAGGCAUGCCAGGCCCUUCUACAAGAUAUUCAUCCGAGCAUUCCGUAAAGCGGGCGAUUGGUUUGCGGCAAGACAAAUUGUUGGACUACUGCGUAUUGCAAAGGAUGCAGCAAACUCUCGUGAGGAAGCGCAGGUCCAGACGGAGCGACCACGGGCAACAUAUCUAGAUCGUAAGCGAAGGUUCUUGGCCGAAGCAGGAGCCAAACGUCCGGGGGAGAGGUCGUGCAUAUGUAACUAACCAAGGAGAGGCCGAAAUGCCCGUAUCAUCGUAAGUUUACCUGUGCACAUUGGAGAGUGUUCUGCAACAUGGGUCUAUAUCAUAAUCAUGCAACGAGUAUACCAUUCGUCAUUUGAUAACGC